AUGAGGUGCUUUGCCUGCUUCGAUGGAGGCAAGAAGCAGCAGCAGAGAAAAGAAGAAGAACAGAAAGCCUCUCUCGAAGCUCGAUCUAAAGCUGCCGAAGCCGCCGAGAAGAGGCAACAGCAAUUUGAUCAGUCUGCUGCAGGAAAGGCUGCACGUGCACAGAUAGCUGCGGCUGCAAAGCAAUCUGCAAACCCGAACAGUGGGGAGCCAGUUCUUAAGUGGCAAAUGGGAUGAAUGAUUCAAGUAUUAUCAUUUGUAACCUCUUAUUUGUUUACGCGAGGAGUAAACUAGAUCGUUCAGUCUAAGUUCUCUCAUGUUUAUCAAGCAAUCAGUCGCCGGUGUAAAUGCUUCUUUGGUCCAGGUCGGGAUGUGUUGUAAUGUAAUUUAUACAAAAAUAAAAUCAAUGAAUGUAAGAUUAGGUUUUAUGAUUCAACUGUUCAAGCCUUGCUAUUUUAAUUUAAGCCUCUCCUUGUGUAUAUAAAGUUACAGAUUGUUUUGGCUUUGUUUCCGUCCAAUCCUAUAUAUAAAUCCUAGUGGAGUAUCGUUUUAUUUCAUAUAGUUGUUAAAA